AUGCUACUAUUGUCUUUCGAUACAUUCACUGUCGUGCUUCGUGUACUCGAUGAAAGCAACGAUACAACUGCUAGCGAUGAAGUAAAUAAUAGUGAGACUCUGACAGCUUUCUUCACUGCUCAGUCGCAACAUGAUCAAUGGAUGAACGCAUUUGCCAAAGGGAUCAAUUAUGCUAAAAGCCAGGCGACUUUAAAGGAUGAGAAAGUUCUGCUGUCAUUUGCAGAGGGGAUGCAAGAAUCUUCUCAAGAGAUAGCAAUAGGCAACGUAUCGAACAGCAAUAGUUAUCAGGGUAUCUUAGCUCCGUGGCAAAUGUCUGAAUCUCAUAUUCGUAAAGCUGCAAACUCACAAAUGAUAGCAACAGUGCCAGUAGACGCAGUUCUCAUCGGCUAUCGUUUCCGUUGUUAUUCCUCUCAAGAAGCUAAAGCAACUGCCACUUCUAUAUCUGCAUCAAGCCAAGAUCUGACUUUGUCAGUGGAUGACCAGCCUCAGUCUCUUGAUAUCGAGAUUUCAGUAUGUUCAUCUUGGGAAGCGCCGACUAUAUCCUGA